AUGGACGCGCUGCUCGCGGCGUACGACAGCAACGACGACGACGACGACGACGAGCGGAUCGGCGGCCGCGGCGGCGACGGGGGGGACGAGGAGGAGGCACCCCGCGGGUCUCCCGCGCGUCCGGCGACGGCGAAGCGAGCUCGCGAGGACGGUCCCGACGAUGUCGACGCAGGUGCGACCGACGGAUCUGGGCGGGUCCGAGCGUUUCCCCACGUCGACGGCAACUUCGCCACGCACGUCUACGUGCCCUUAGCGCUCUCGAGGAGUGCGCAGUGGAGCCGAGCGCGCGCGGAGCUCGGGAACGUCCUCGCGCGCAUCGCCGCGCGCGUCCCCGGCCUGAGACCCAUCGGUGACUACGGGAAGAUCGGCGACGCCGCGACCGCCGUUUCGUCCUUCGUCAUACCCGACGGCGACCUGCACGUCAGCCUGUCGCACACGUUCCCGAUACGCGCCGCGCGCAGGGACGGGCUCUUCGCCGCGCUGCGCCGAGCGCUGAGCGCGUCGAUGACCCGCGCGUGGGUCGCUCGCGUCGGCCCGAACCUCGACGUCCUCGUCAACGCCAAUCGGACCACCACGUUUUUGGCGAUGCGCGUCGCCGACGCCGAACUCUCCCCGGGGACGGGCGCCGGGGACGGGGACGUCGGGGGAUCGUUCGCGGGUGCCUACUCCGCGGUGGACGCGGUGUUGACACGUGGCGGAUACCCGAGGUUUCACGACGACCCGAAGCCGCACGCGUCCGUGGCGUUCGCGCCGGGCGACGUCGAGGCGGAGCUCGUCGAGGCGAUCAAAGAACUUUGUUUCGACGGGGCGAAAGAGGAAAACGCUUGGAACGCGGCCGUUUCGGGAAUCACGACGCGGUGUUCGAGGGUGGUGUGCAAGGUGUCGGGCGCGCCGGGGGUGACGGUGUGGGGGCGCGCGGAGGGCGAGCUGCCCCCGCCGGACAUAUGA